AUGUUCUAUUAUAUCAUUGAAGUAGACAUCGAUAAGAGUUGGAUUUCAAAGCCACGAAUUGGUCCAGAGUAUAGGGACGGUUUGAACAAGUUCUUAGAUUUCGCAUUUGCCAAUGCAUCAUCCGAUGGGAUGAUACAUUGUCCAUGUUCGAAAUGUGGGUUCCGCCUUCUCCAAACUAGGGAGGAUGCGUAUGAUCAUUUGAUAAUAAAACCUUUCCCCUCUACUUAUACAUUUUGGGUACAUCACGGGGAGAGACGCGUGGCAGAGAGCUCUAUGGACGGACAAGAAGUACAAUCAGAUCGAAACCUAAAAGACCCAAUGCUUGACAUGGUUCGGGAGGCGUUCAACCUCCCAGGACUUCACGGCGACGAAGACGAUUCAGUGAAUGAACACGCUGGGGGGGAUCGGGAGGAGUUGCCAUACUUAUCAAACGAAAGUAGUCGCGAGGUCCGCAACUUGCAUGACCUGCUCGAAGAUGGAUCGCAGGAGCUAUACCCAGGAUGUUCAAGGUUCUCUAAGCUGUCUUUCUUGGUGAGGCUCUAUCAUAUAAAAUCCCUGUGCGGAGUGAGCGACAAGGCCUUCGGAAUGAUACUGGAGUUGCUGGCGGAUGCCUUUGAGAAUGCAAGGAUUCCGAGCACUAUGCACGAUGCCAAGAGGAUCAUAAGGAAUCUCGGUAUCGCAUAUAAAAAGAUAGAUGCAUGUCCAAAUGACUGCAUGUUAUACCAGGGCAGCGAUGAAGAGUUGUCUAAGUGCAAGCGAUGUGGGACAUCAAGAUGGAAGCAAAAGACUAAUAAGAACUCCAGAGUAAGGAUCAACAGGGUCGUUAAGAAGAACGGAAAACCGCAAGCGGCGAAGACUCUUCGCUACUUCCCCCUUAUUCCACGAUUGCAGCGGCUCUACAUGUCUAGUAAGACAGCCGCAAACAUGUUGUGGCAUAAGAGUGGGCAUAACUCUGACGGUAUUUACCGGCAUCCAUGGGACGGCGAUGCAUGGAAGGCAUUUGACAGAACUUAUUAUGACUUCUCCAGCGAUCCCCGCAGUGUUCGCCUAGCCUUGGCUAGCGAUGGCUUUAACCCUUAUGGAAACAUGAGCUCGAAGUACUCAAUUUCGCCAGUGGUUCUUAUUCCGUACAACCUGCCCCCUUGGAUUUGCAUGAAACCCUCCUCAUUUGUCCUCUCCAUGAUUAUUCCUGGGCCUAAAAUGCCUGGAAAUGAUAUAGAUGUCUACUUACAGCCCUUGAUCGAAGAGUUGAAGCUGUUGUGGGUUGGUGUUGAAACGUACGAUGCUUACACGAAAAAGACUUUCAGGAUGUAUGCUGCAUUAAUGUGGACAAUCAGUGAUUUUUCUGGUUUAGGCAACUUGUCCGGGUGGAACACGUACGGUGGGAGAGCUUGUCCUGCAUGCAAUUUGGAUGCUGAGACUAACCGGCUCUCACAUAGUCAGAAAUGGUGUUACAUGGGCCAUCGUCGCUUUCUGAAUCCUUCCCACAGAUAUAGAAAGGACCGGGAUAGAUUUGAUGGAAGGAUAGAGUCUAGAGGUCCACCUAUCAAACUCUCUGGUGGAGACAUUGCAAGACAACUACAGGACGUGCAUGUCCACCUUGGCAAGGUGCAAUCGGUUACUGGGAAAAGGAUACGCGGACAGCAAACCGCCGUACAUGACGAAUCCCCUUGGAAGAAGAGGAGUAUAUUCUUUGAGCUACCAUACUGGGAAAACAAUGGAUUGCGUCACAAUCUUGAUGUGAUGCACAUAGAGAAGAAUGUGUGCGACAACAUAGUUUUCACCAUAAUGAACGAGAAAGGUAAAUAUAAAGACCACCUUAAGGCAAGAAAAGACCUCCAAUUGAUGGGGAUCAAGCAUGAUUUGUGGCCACGGGAAGAUGGAAAGUACCCACCCGCCAUCUUUACUAUGACCAAUCCACAGAAGGAUGUCUUUUUACGUACUAUCAAGAAUGUGGUCUUUCCAGAUGGCUACUCUAGCAACAUUUCCCGCUGUGUUGACCUACGACAGCGCAAGAUGUCGGGCUUGAAAAGUCACGACUGUCAUAUUCUGAUCGAGCAUCUCCUGCCAAUUGCGUUAAGGAAUGCUUUGCCUGCCCCAGUGUCAUCUGUCUUGGCGGAUUUCUCGUCCUUUUUCUGCAGAAUAUGCAGUAAAUCCAUUGACCCUCAACAACUUCCUCUGCUUCAGGAUCAUGUGGUCCAAACUCUUUGCCGCAUGGAGAUGAUUUUCCCCCCAUCUUUCUUCACCGUUAUGGUGCACUUGACGGUACAUCUGGUCGAGGAAGUGCGACUCGGUGGCCCAGUUCAAUAUCGGUGGAUGUACCCAAUCGAAAGGUACUUAUGUCGUCUCAAGCAGUUCGUGCGUAAUAGGUCACAACCGGAAGGCUCUAUCGCAGAGGGUUACUUAUCAGAGGAGAUUCUCGUAUUCUGCUCAAGAUACCUCGAUAAUGUCGAGAGUAGGAUCAAUCGACCAAUGCGUGUGGACGAUCGACCGUGUGAACCUGACCAAUGUGAAAGUGCAGCCAUGUUCCCGGGGGUAGGAAAGGCUGUUGGAGCUGCUUCGUUUUACAAUCUCACACCAACUGAGAAAUUUCAAGCUCACCGUCACGUCUUGGUCAAUUCUCCGGCUGUAGAAAAGUACAUAGAGUAA